UUCUAGAGACCUCUAGCCUACAUCUCCCAAGAUUCAUCUGUGAAAAGGGGGCGUCGUCAACAUUUGUAUGAGAAUGACAUUGUCGCAGUAUGAUAUGCACUUUACUUGACAUCAACCCAUUUGCGUUUAUUUCUAGUAAGCCUUGGUUACAUUUUGCUGAAUUAAAUAAUUUAAACUAAAGUUUGCGACAUCAAUGGCGUGCCCUUUUCACCACUCAGCGGAGUUGAACCCCGCUGUAUUGGCGCUCGACUGGCUGCUUGGAACCUGGGAAUCAGAUGAGCCCGGAGAGGGCUCUUUUUCUUCAAUACCACCUUUCCGGUACAAUGAGACUCUGCAGUUCUCUCACGUCGGACAACCGGUUAUCAACUUCACGUUUAAUGCCUCACAUGCUGAGAACAAAAAACCUCUACACAGGGAAUGUGGCUUCAUCAGGCUGCAACCAGGCACCAACAGAGUGGCCUUCAUCAUUGCUCAAAAUUCAGGGCUUGUGGAGAUAGAGGAAGGGGAGUUGGUGGGGCAGGGGAUGACCCUGCACACACAUGGCCUGGCCAGGACCUCAUUUGCUAAGGAGCCCCAUGUGCAGCAGAUUUCCAGAGUGUUCCAGCUUAGACCGGAUGGGAAGCUGGAGCAGACGGUUUCCAUGGCGAUGGAGGGCCAGCCGCUGAUGCAGCAUUUGCACAUAACCUACCGCCGGAAUUCUUGAUGCAGGCUGCUGGGAUAGGAUACACAGGCCAUGGUGUUCCUCCCACCAGAUGUUGUGAUGACUGACCCAUAGGAGCAUACUUCUUUGGAGAUAUACAUCUCUCUCUCCAUCCUGUUAGGCUUAAAACCCACAAUGCUAUGGCCACACUCACCUGUGUGCAGCUAACUUGGAAUGUGUCGUACUGAAACAGUCUUAACCCCUCAGUCUCUGCGAUCUUGGCACUGCUCCCUGUGUGCUAUCAAUGCUAGCAGUUCUUUGCUUCAUGUUAAAUGAGGUCAGUACAUCAAUGAAUAUGCUCUCACUCGUUAUUCAUUCUGUUCAGGUGUUCUUUUGUUACGUAAUUCAUGUCGCUCUACUUCAUGCCACCAUAUGAGUUUGUAUCUUCUAUCCUAAACAUACAUCUGAUGUUCAA